ACUGCUAUAAAUGAGCUUCACCUGCUCAGGCAACGCUGCCGUUCGGUGAACCUUUCCCCCUCCGGCCGCGCAUAUCCUUAUCCGUUUCCAUCUGCGAUGGCGUUACGUCGAUAUAACGCUUCACGAAUGUCAGGAUGGCUAUUGAUACUGGCCUUCGUUAUGACUGUGUCCGCCUCUGUACUUAACAUGAAGAGAGCAUCUGUGUGCAACGGACAUGCUGAAUUGUGCAACCGAAGUUACGGGAACACUACAUUUCUUGGAGCUCACGACUCCUUCGCAUUCAGUAGCGACCCCUUCGCUCUGGCAAGAGAUCAAGAAGUGGAUAUCCCGACGCAACUUGGCUUGGGCGUUCGUUUGCUCCAAGCUCAAGCACAUAUGAAGAACGGCGCCCUCCAUUUCUGCCAUACUGAUUGCGUGCUGUUCGAUGGGGGUACUGUUCAAGAUUAUCUCACCACAGUCCACACUUUCCUGCAGGCGAAUCCUAAUGAAGUUUUGACAUUCAUCUUCACGAAUCCUGAAGGAGUGUCCUUACCAAACGUGUGGGAUCCUGCGUUUCAAGCAUCCGGAAUUGCGCAAAUGGCCUAUGUACCACCAUCAAUACCUACGAAGCAAAGCGAUUGGCCGACGUUAGGGGAAUUUAUCGACAGUGGAAAACGCGUUAUAGUGUUCUUGGACGCUGGAGCAGAUACAGACCGCAGUGUACCCUAUAUCUUGCCCGAGUUUCCGAUGAUAUGGGAGACACCUUUCAGCGUCACAGAUGCGUCGUUCCCAUGCAGUGUGGAUAGGACAGCAGGACCUCUUGCGACUACCGAUCAUAUGUAUAUGAUUAACCACUCCCUCAACAAGGACAUCUUCGGGCUAGGGAUCAUAGUCAGCGAUCCAUUAGAUGCACCAACCACAAACAGCGUUACCUCUAUUAUGGCAAACGCUGCAGGCUGUGAGCCUCUAGCGGCAGGUCGUGCACCGAACUUUGUACUGCUAGAUUUUGUCAACAUAGGGCAAGGCUUGCAAGCAGUGAAUCAACUCAACGGGCUGGCGUAAAUUAUAACGAAUACCCUUGUAUCACUUGCGACGAAAUGACACGUACAAUUUCAUGACAAGCAGCCCCAUCGUCGAGAUGCCCUUUAUGCAUGAAGAAGAGCUAGUGACACAAGCGCAAACGUUAAGGACGAAGAGAAAAUUCGUUCGCCGAAAGGCUACUGUAUCCAUAGGAUAACACAUUAAUGGUCG